AUGGCAAUCAUACCUGUGGUCGCCAAGCACCAAGGCAAAAAGUACGAAGUCGACGUCGACACCGACACGACUGGCAUCGACUUCAAGCUCCAAAUCUAUUCAUUAACCAACGUCGAACCCGAGCGUCAAAAGAUCCUCGUCAAGGGAGGCCAGCUCAAGGAUGACGCGGAAAUGAGUGCGCUCGGUCUCAAGGCCAACCAGGUCCUGAUGGUCAUGGGCACGCCUAGCGGUGGCGGCCGCGAGAUUGUGCGCCCCAAGGACCAGGUCAAGUUUGUAGAAGACAUGACCGAGGCCGAGCAGGCUCAGCAGGUCGGCGCUACGCCCGCUGGUCUGGUCAACCUGGGCAACACCUGCUAUCUCAACUCGACCCUUCAGACGCUUCGUUCCAUCCCCGAACUGCAGACCGCCCUUGAGGACUACAUGCCCACUGAAUCAUCGAGUUUAGGGUUGCUGGCGGGCAUGGCACAGAUGGAUCUGGCCGCUCAGCUUGCUGCCCUGUACAAGAAGAUGAGCGCCACACAAGAUCCCUUUCCUCCGGUCAACUUUCUAGGUGCCCUGCGCGUCGUUUUCCCACAAUUCGCCGAAAAAGCCAAAUCAAACAACGGUUACGCACAACAGGAUGCAGAAGAAGCCUGGUCUCAAAUUGUUCAGCAGUUGGGCGAGAAGGUCCAAAUCAAGCAGGAGACUGGCACGAGCACCUCGUUCGUUCAGAAGUACAUGAGUGGCGAAUUCACCUCAUCUAUGGAAUGCGAUGAAGAAGAUGCCAUAAAAGCUGGAGAGAAGCCCAUUGUCUCCAAAGACCAUUUUGCAAAGCUGAACUGCCACAUCGACGGCCAGACAAACCACCUCCGCGACGGUAUCCUGGCUGCUCUCAGCGAGAAGAUUGAGAAGAAAUCGGAAGUCCUCGACCGAGAUGCUACGUAUACGAAACAGUCGAAAAUCUCCCGAGCUCCGAAGUACCUCACCGUUCACUUUGUGCGCUUCUUCUGGAAGCGCGAGACUCAGAAGAAGGCCAAGAUCAUGCGCAAGGUCACAUUCCCUCAGGAGCUCGACAUUGUAGAGUUCUGCUCCGACGAGCUGAAGAAGGCUCUUAUUCCCGUUCGAGACAAGGUCCGCGAAGUACGCAAAGACGAAGAAGACAUUGAGCGUGCCCGCAAGCGACGCAAGAAGAACAACAACACGGACGACAUUGCUGGUGGUGCUGGGUUACCCAGCGAGAGGGAAUUGAAGGAGAAGGAAAAGGCCGCCGCCGAGAAACAGAAACGAACUGGCGAGAAGCCAGCCGAGAAGUCGGCAGAUGGCGAUACCGAAAUGGGCGAAAGUCAUAAGACUGACGCGGAGGUCGAGGCGGAGCAAGCUGCCGCGCUCCUCAGUGCCAAGAAGGAACUGAAUGCCCUCAUUAACCCCGAGCUGCGAACCGACGACGGUGCCAACCAGUCUGGCCUGUAUGAGCUCCGUGGUGUUGUUACACACCAGGGUGCCAGCGCCGACAGCGGUCACUACACCGCAUACGUCAAGAAGACUACCCCCGUGGACCCCAAGACUGGUGUCAAGGGCGAGGAGGAUGGCAAGUGGUGGUGGUUCAACGAUGACAAGGUGACGGAGGUGACGGUAGACAAGGUCGAGUCUCUAUCGGGCGGGGGUGAAUUCCACUCGGCUCUGAUUCUGCUCUACAAGGCCAUUGAUCUGCCUAGCGUGGAGGGACAGUAA